UUCAUUCAUCCACUAGCUCCUAACGCAGCGAGACAGCCUCCUUAUUUUACUCUCACCUCCCUCCCUGCGCGCUUCACCUUCUUAGAAUUUCACGCACGCACGCGACCGAUCCACUGUAGGUCGUCGUAAACUUCCAGCAGACGCUGCGGUUUCCUUCCUCGCUAUCGCCUCACAUUUCGUGCGUUCGAUCAUCGUUCGCCACUCCCUCUCCUCUCACAUCCUGCUCCACAAAUGGCGCUCCUUUCCACGACCCUAGUCUCGUCCUCCGUAAAGCCCAUGUUCGCGUCUCUUAAAUCCUCUGAAUUCUCGUGCCACGGAUCGAGCCUAGCAGACGCCGGGUUGACGGCGUCCCUCCCCGCGAUUCGCGGUGGCGGAAGGAGGACGCUGCGCGCGGUAGCGGCCAGCGGGAACGGGGCUGCGCGGACGGCGGAUGAGGUGGCGGCGGAAAGCGGAGCGGGCAGCAUGGACGUGAGCAGCACGUGCGUGAAUCCCGUGUUCCGCUCCUUCCCCAGCCUCAAGGAGGGCGACGGCAACGCGGACGGCCCCGGCGGGCGCACGGCGGUGCGCGUGCUGUUCCUCAGCGAGGGCAACGUGUGCCGCAGCGUGGUGGCGGAGGCCGUCAUGGCCGCCAUGGUCAGGGACAAGGGGCUGGAGGACUACAUCCAGUGCGCCUCCAAGGCGGUGCGCGACUACAACGUGGGCGAGAGCCCGGACUCGCGCGUGGUGCAGCUGGCGGGGCAGAGUGGCGUGGCGGUGGAGGGGAGCAGGCGCGCGGAGCUGCUGCGCCCCGUGGAGGACGUGGUGGCGUACGACGUGCUGGUCGUCAUGGACAAGUUCAACGCGGCGGACGUGCUGAAGGAGGUGUCUGUGUUUGACACCAUCGACCCCUCCGCGCGCUUCUCCUCCAAAGUCAGGCGCAUGGGCGACUUCUGCAAGUCUCGAGUGGUGGACGACAUAGACGACCCUCUGUACGGCAACAUGGGAGGCCCGGAGGAGCUGGAGCUGCUGGGGGCAGCCAUCAAUGACAUAGUGGACUGCUGUGAUGGGCUACUCGCAGACCUAGUGGCCGUCAAAAAUGGGCUCCCAGAGGGGGAGAGCUUCCGGUCGGGGGUGAAGAAAUGGCUACAAGGCAUGGAUGACAUGGACUGGCUCGUCCCGCCCAUGCUGCAAAAGAAGAACCGCAAUUAAUAUGCAAUCUAGCAUUUUUGUAGGUCACAGAUUUGUAAUUUGAUCAUUCCUGCUGUAAUGCCAUUCGUUUUAGAGUUCCCCUUCUCAAAUAGGCUCGCUAUUCCGUCCUUGUUGGGGACCUUGGGAAUA